GCAUACAUCAUGGCAUAAAGAAAACAAACCACAAGGGGUGAAUUGAUGAAAUGAAAAAUGAGCCACCUUUCCGAAGAAGAUGCAUCAGGCCCAGACCGGCAAGAUCAAGGGCCUUGUUCUUUAGCUAGCAGUACACACUCAGAGGUUCGGGAUAUUAACUUUGGAAAUGAAGAUAAAAACAGGUCUCUCAUUGAAUGCCUGAGGAAGGAAUGUCGUCAGAAAGGCCGAGGACCACCAGAAAUAUACCAGCUUGAAACAGUGAAAGAAAAUGUUAAAGGUGAUCCGAUGGUGAGAAGAUGGACAUUUGGGGAGAGAGAUGACAGUAAAAAGAACAGAACCAUCGUGCUGGUAGGGGAAACAGGAACAGGGAAAACAACUCUCAUCAACAGCUUAGUGAAUUACUUCUUGGGUGUAAAAAAGGAAGACAAUAUCUGGUUUGAGAUUUCAGAUGAAAAAGAAGGUGACCCGACUACAUCUAAAACAACACAUCUUACUGUUUAUGAGAUUUUCAUUGAACAAUUGAAUAUAUCCUUUUCAAUUUUAGAUACACCUGGUUUUGGAGACACAGAUGGUUUGAUAGGUGACGAGAUGAUUGCUAAAAGGCUUCACACGUUGUUGUCCUCUUAUGAUGGAAUCUACUGUGUCGAUGCCAUUGGUAUAGUUGUGAAAUCCACUGAGACUGUGCUUACUGAUAGGAAGCACUAUAUAUAUGAUUCAGUUCAGUCUUUAUUUGGAAAAAACAUCAAGGACAACAUAGUGAUGUUUAUAACACACGCAGAAGACAUGAGUCAUAUCCGUGUUUUUGCAACCACUGAAAAAGCAAAAGUGCCUGUUCCUAAAAAUGAACAGAACCAACCCCAUCAUUUUCUUUAUGACAAUUUUCAGUCAGACAGAAGACAAGCAAAACAGAAGGAGACUUACAAUUCAAAGUGGGACUUGGGGGAAAAAAGCACACAUGAGUUGUUGGAUCAUUUGAAGGGAUUGAAAACACAAUCUCUGAAGAUCACUGAAAAGGUUCUGAGCGAUCGUAUGAAGCUUAAUGAAAAUGUCCAAGACAUUAGGAAAAACAUAGCUGAGAAUAAGGAUAAACUAUCCCAGCUAGAGGAGGCAGAAAAUGACUUGCAUGAGCUGGAGGACAGCCAAGUAUUUAGAGAGACAGUUACAGAAAGCUACAAAGAGAAAGUUGAUAUUCCAGAAGGGUCCUGGUGGACAACAUAUGACGCAACAUGUUGCCCAGUCUGUGAAGAGACCUGCCAUGAUGAGUGCUGGGGCAUUUCUGGUGUCAAGGGGUGUAAGGUUAUGGAAAAUGGCCGUUGCACCAAGUGCACAGGUCUUUGUCCCUCUCAGCAGCAUGUGAAAGAGCGGAAAAAGUAUGUCUGGAGAACCAGAGAUGUCUUACAAAAUAACAAGGAAUAUUACAAAGAACAUAAGGCUAAAUCUGAUAUGAAAAAACAAAAAGAGGAUGAAGUCAGGGUAAACGAGGAAGCUCUAUCAACAUUUCUGGAUGAGGCUUACAAGAAUAUAACUGAUCUGAAGCUAAAUGCUUUGAAAGAUGGCUCAGCAGUCACCUACGUUCAUGUUAAAUUUCUGACUGAGAUUAUGAAGGAGACAGGAAACACAGAAAGAGUUGGGGAACUACAGCAGUGGUUACAAAUGAUGGAAAAAGAUGAAACUACCCAGAAAGCGGUUAGAUACCAAGACAAACAGAAAGCAUUGAAAUCUUAGUCAUGAUGUGGCACCAUGCAGAACUCCUGUAUGGAAGAGAAGCAGCUAAAAAUACACAACUGAGAAAA